AUGGCUUUACCCUACACCCAUCUCAAGCUGCUCAACGCUGCUAUCGACGCCACACCGCUCAUCGAUAAUCACGCCCACCCGCUGCUCACCCCAGAGACCGCGAGUAAGCACCCCUUCUUAUCCAUUGCUUCCGAAGCGACCGGGAACGCACUUUACGACUCCAAGAAGAGUCUUUCUCACCUCCGGGCCGUAAAGCACCUGGCCGGUGUUCUCGGCUGCGCGCAGACGUGGGAAGCCGUAGAAGCGACAGCCGUCAAGCGCAGACGGCCCGAAUCGCGCGAGGCUUGGAUCAGGCGCUGCUUUGACGGCAUCGAGACCAUCUUGAUCGACGAUGGGCUGGAUGCACAGGGGCAAGUCGAGGAUUACUGGUGGCAUAGCCAAUUUACCAGGAGCGAAUGCAAGCGCAUCGUGAGGAUUGAAACAGUGGCCUCAGAAGUCAUAGCCCGCUUCUUGAUCGGGCAUGAUGGGGGAGCAAACCAAAACACUCUUGACGAAGACGACGGCGACGUCGUAAAAGCGUUCAUGCGACUGUUUCUAACGGAGAUAUCGCAGCUCGCAGCCGAUUGUAAUGUUGUGGCUUUCAAGUCCAUCAUCUGCUAUCGGUACGGGCUGGAUAUCUUGCCUCUGAACGGCAUAGAGAGCGAUGUCAGAAAGGAACUAGAGGAUAUUAUCAGCGAGGGAGUAACGCCCGGUUCGCCUGUCUCCGGGUUCUCAUUACGGAAGAGAAUAGCUCACCCGUUGCUCAACAGCCUGAUUGUCCGACUCGCUGCUCGCGCCGCCCAGGAUUCCGAUAAGCCGAUCCAGUUCCACACAGGUCUCGGGGACAACGACAUCACGCUUACCCGAUCGUCUCCAUCCCAUCUCCAGAGCUUCAUCCGAGAGAAUCCCAAGCUCAAAAUCGUGCUUCUCCACGCGGGCUAUCCCUGGACGAGGGAGACGGCGUACCUGGCAGCUACGUACCCAAACGUCUACGCUGAUAUCGGCGAGGUGUUCCCCUGCAUCAGCCGCCAGGGCCAGGAAAGCGUCCUGAGAGAAAUGCUGGAAGUGUGCCCCUGGUCUAAGAUCCUCUGCAGUACGGACGGACACGGAUUUCCGGAGAUGUACUUGAUUGCGGGAUCUCAGCUCCGCUCGGUUCUUAAGACUGUGUUGGGAGAGUUAGUACAGAGCCAACAACUUGACGAGAAGCAAGCCGUUCAGCUCGUCCAAGAUAUAUUAUUUUCCAACUCCAAAAAACUCUACAAACUCGAGACCAAAUCCACUCUCCCCAACCUUUCGCAAUUGACGACCGUCUCCGUCCCCAGUACCAACUGGACUAACCACGCCGUCAUCCAAAAGCUCCAAAGCCUCAACGCCAAGUACCUGCGCAUCUACUGGCACGACUACACCUCCAGCAACAAAUGCCGGCUCAUCCCCAUCAAGCACGUCUUCAAGACGCUGUCAAGCGGAAAGCCCCUGACCCUCUCCCUCGCCAAAGCCAGCUUCGGCAUGACGCAGAUCGACACGCUGAUCCCCCAGGCCUCGGCCACCGGCAUGUACACGGCGCGUCCGGACUGGUCGAGCCUGAAGCCGGGACCUGCCGAAGGCCACGUCAGCUGCUACGCGUACUUCACGGAGCUCGACGGCUCGGAGGCGGCGUUGUGCCCGCGGACGAUCCUGCGGAAGACGGUGGAGAAAGCAGCGGCCGAGCAGGGACUCGAAUUCCUGCUCGGCUUCGAGGUCGAGUUCCUCGUCCUAGAGCGCAACCCAGCCGCGUCCGCAACGAGCCUGGACCGAUACCAAACCCUGCGCAGCGACGGCCAUAGCUGGUCGGUAUCGCGAGCGUUCGCGGACUGGGGCCGCGCGGGGAGCUUCUCCACCGCGGUCGACGAGAUCCUCGACGCCCUGGACGCGGCGGGCAUCGACGUGGACCAGUUCCACGCGGAGAACGCGCCGGGCCAGUUCGAGCUCGUGCUCUCGCCGCUCGCGCCGCUCGCGGCCUGCGACGCCGUGCUGCACGCGCGGCAGAUCCUCGAGAGCGUCGCGGCCCGCCACGGCUUCCGCGCGACGCUGCACCCGAAGCCGUUCGCGGCCAAGUGCGGCUCGGCCUCGCACGUGCACGUGUCGAUCGCGUCGCCGGGCGGCGACCGGCCCGCGGUCUACGAGCCGUUCUACGCCGGCGUCCUCGCGCACUUCCGGGCCGUGUUCGCGUUCACGAACAGCAACCCGACGAGCUACGAGCGCAUGGUGGACAGCGCGUGGGCGGGCGGCCGGUGGAUCGCGUGGGGCACGCAGAACAAGGAGCUGCCGCUGCGCAAGAUCGCGGGGAGCCACUGGGAGGUCAAAGUCCUCGACGGCCUGGCGAACCCGUACUUCGCCGUGGCGGCGCUGCUAGCUGCCGGGAUGGACGGCGUCCGCAGGAAGGCGCCGCUGACGUGGAAGGAUUGCGCGGGGGAUCCGGCGCGCUUCGGCGCGGAGGAGAGGGCUCGGUUGGGGAUCGAGGAGAUGUUCCCUGCGGACUUGCGGGAGGCCCUUCAGGCGCUUCGGGAGGACGAGAGUCUGGGCUUGGACCCUACGUUUGUGCAGCGGUAUGUACAUGUAAAGGAGGGUGAGCUGGCGAUAUUAGAGCCUAUGACGGCGGAAGAGCGCCGGCAGUGGAUAAUGGAGAGAUACUAA